AUGAACUUAAGUCGCAGAAUAUUUCCUGUCCAAAGACGGUUUGCCUCGUCGCUCACGGCCAUCAAUGAGCUCCAGCAGGCAAAGAUGCUGGCGCGCGUGCAGAGGUUUGACGACAAAACCAAAAUAUUCGAUAAGCUCGACAAUCUGCAUAUGCUUGUUCUCCGGAAGGGCUACUACAACGUCAACAUCAACAAGCUGGGCUUCCAGUCAAACUCGCCAGAAAUCCGCGACAGAUACUCCAACUUGUACCAUAUUUUCGACAUAGAGGAAGCAUUGUCGCAGCACUUCACGAAAAUGCCUCUGUUAUCCGCUCCUCAACCAACAACCACUUUCACCGGCAGCGGUUCGAGCCUAAUGGUGGUGUUGAACUCCAUGAGACAGCGCAAGGAUUCUCCCGUGGAAAAUCACAUCAAAUUGUUGCACCGCCUCGCGAGAAACGACGUGGAACUGAAACGCGGCAUUCAGGACGUUCUCAAGACUUUCGAGAAAGAGGAUGACUUUUUCUACCAAUACGUCCUCGAUCUGUGGGAGAAGAAAAAAGAGUUCAGUCGUAUGGUUGCCAAACAAAGAAAAGCCAAAGAAGCGGCACAGGAAAAAAGCUGA